UAGAUUUGCAAGACAAUUGUCAAAAUGGGUGACACACUGGAAUUGAAGCAGAUGCUGUUUACCAACCUACAGCUGUUGGGCUUUGAUACUGGAGCGAUGGAAGCCUCAUAUUGUGUACCAUUUAAUAAAAAUAUGUUUAACCUUCCAAACAAAAAAGGAGCUGAAGUAGUGUUAUAUUUUCUUUUUAACAAACUCAAUCCAAUUAUGUGCAGAGAAGAAUUCAGAGACUGCUGGCCUGUACUUGAUAAACAACAAGAGCAACAGUUUCGCAGAACAUGUCACAAUUGGCUGGUAAACAUUACAAAGACAGAACCAGAUACACACCUGCCUAGAAUUGUUGCCUCACAUUUCAUGUCUCCAGGAGGGGGAAAAUUUUACAAUCUACUGUUUCACUUCUCAGGAUAUGUAUUGAGGACAGUAAUACGAACAGAAAAUGGUGUUAAAGAAUUUGAUCAGCUGCGGUACCCUCAGUUGUCCACUCAAACUGCCUCUCUUGGAGAUGUGAUGGCCAAAAACAUUCAGUGUGCUGUAGCUCGACUCCGGAAGAAGUUUCUUGAGGAGUCACAGACUACACUAGUGCUAAACAGAGAGUGGAAGGAAUAUGCUAAUGAACUGGUGAAAGACUAUCGGAAGUUGUCCAAGGAGGUGAGAGAAGGAGAACACCUAGAACGAGUGGUAAAACAGCAGGCUGCAGAGGCUGCUGUGGUACGAGGCAGUCCUAUGAGGAGGCGGCAAUCAGACAGUUAUGACAAUGAAUUGGAUCCGCAGUCUACCAAACGCACUCAGAGAAUACAGCAGGUACGUGACAUGUGGAAGCAGGUCAAUGAUUUCUGUGAGCGUGAGGCUGCAGAGAGAGAAGUGAUAGAAUCCAUUGUAGACCGAACCAUGAGUCAACAUAAAAUUGAUGCUGCUUCCAUUAACAUCAAGGUUCCUGACCUCCUUCUUAGAGAAUGUGAGCAAGAAAUCCGGCGGCGACAUGUAGACAACACAUUUCAUGGAGGCAAGCUGAACCUAGUCAGUCUUCUUCAGUUAUGGAAUCUUUGUCUUCACUUAUACAUAGAACGACUACACCAAGUAGGUGUACCAGACUUUACAGAGGAAAUAGGAUCUGUCACCAAACAGGUCCAUACUAACCAUGCUUACCUGACAAAUACAAGGACUCUGAAGAAGGAACUGGCAAACAACCUGCCAAAACUGAAGGAGUCUGUAGAGCAUCUCCGGGAAAGUCUGGAUAGUCACACUAUCCAGAACAGCACUCCACGCAGUGAACGGUCAACAUCACUUGGCUUGGGAUUGUUAGAGCCAUCACCCUCAGUAUCCUUUACCCCUGGGCAAGCUACAACUGGGGACAUGCCUGAACCAUCUGCUUUACGUCGCACUCCCCAAAAUGAAACAACUCCAGAAGCUGCAAGUAAGUUAGCUGAAGGUGUAUUGAAGACUGCAAGACGAGUUAAAGGAAAACUGUUCCAAGGCUCUCCUGAGUAUGUUCCUCAAGUCAACAUCAACUCCUCAAACACUAAAAAGAAGGUUCCAAGUACUAAGGUUCCAAGAAAAGUCAGUAAAUUACAGAAUAAGGGGACAAAAGCAAGGAAUCCUCCUGUCCAACGACAAUCUACCCCAACCAACAGUAAAUCCUACACUGCUGUUUUCCCCACACAUACAGCAGGCAAUGAGAAUUCGUACCAGAGUGCUACAUCAUCAUCUCGAGAACAGUCCCUCAGUAGUGGAGAUCGUACUCUGACUGGCAUCACAAGCUGUACAGGAGGCAGUCCCACUUUAGACAAUACUUCCCCGAAACACCCUUCCCCCAGGACACCACCCACCCAGAUUCAGAGGUCACCAGUCACAGAAGCUCUCUCUCCAAGUGAUGUCAUUGUCAACAGAAUGAUGGCUCCCAACUUCAUAGAUCAGUCUGAUGAGGAAGAUUUUAUCAUUACAUGCGUUAAAAAGCCUGGAGAGUCAAGUGGAGAAGUGUUGUUGCCAUUAGGUGUAGAAAUAUUCCCAGAGCCUGUGAUAUCUCCAAGUCAUUCAGAGACUAACCGAUCACAUCAAUCUGCAAGUCUACAAGACUCUCCGAGGCAUGCGAAAGGCAAGCUAUCCAAUUCCAAGGAUGAUUCCCUUUCAUUUAGCUCAGAGAAUUUGAAGUCAAGGAGAUCUCCACUGUUACCAGAGUUCAAUCAUUUAAGCUCACAGAACUCUCCAAAGUCACCAGCAUUGCAUCCAUCAAACUCCUGUCAUGAGUCUCCAAAGUCUCACACUUCUCAGUCACUUUUGGAAAGUUUGACAGGAAAAGGAUCCCCACACCAUUCUUUAGCAAGAUCACAGAAUUUGGACAACUCAACCAGAUCAGAAGAUUCACACCACUCUCAUCACUCCUCCAUGAAAGGAAGUGUCCACUCUCAGGCCUCCAUGCAAGGAAGUGUCCACUCCAUCAGCUCUAGCUUGUCCCGGCCUUCAGGCUUACUAGGAGGAGAUAACCAAUCUCCCAAUAAUAGCCUUCAAUCUGGCCAUUCUGGCGGACUGGAUACUUCAAAGUUAAGAUCAAUGACAUCUGAUCUGUUGGGUAAAUCUGUUGAGCUGGAUACUUCAAAACACACCCUUCAGAAUCUCCAUGAUUCUUCCUUUGAGCUUGAGCAGCCAGAGUUCCUGCCAUCAGAUAGGAGUGACAAAGAAUCUGUUCACUCUGGACUUCCUCAGUAUCAUUCUGACCAUUCUCUACCCAUCAGUAAUGGACCGACAUCCUCCUUAAGACUAGACCUUGAGUCUCAAGAAGCAGAUGACUUGAAUCAAUCUGACAAUUCUUGUCCAACAUCUGCUAGGGCUUUAAUGAAGUCGCGCAUGGAAGUGUGUGACAUCCUACCAGAGGCUGACCAGCCAGAACCAAUGCCUAUGAUGAUGUUGGCCAGUCCUUUGUCAAUGGAGGUCAGGGGCAUGUUCAAGGAGGCCAUGCAGGACACAGAUACACCAAAAUCUAAAUCAGGAAACACAACCAAUCACUCCUUCACAGGUAAGAAUACAACAGGAACUAGAACCGACCUAGGAGGUGGAGGAGAUGGGACCUUCACUAUGUUUGAAAGUCUAGGUGAAAUGGAUGAGGAGCAACUAGAGGACAUCCAACUCCCAAACAUGUCUAUUGAUGACAUCACGGAUGGAAUGCAAGGCCUUUUUGACAUUCAAGGGAAAUCACCUAAGGUUGACCUUAUCCCAGGAGUUACAAGUCUGGAUAGUGUACAUACUGGAAGCCUUGGUGAUAAAGUGCAUGCCAAGCCCAAUUUCCCUUUGACUGACAUAAAAGAUGAUAAUGAUAUCUUGAUAUCUCUAACGCCUCAUCAGCCAGUCAUAGAUAAUUCGCUUCACCUACAGACUAGUCCCUGGCUAGCUGACAUGGAGUUACCCUCCACUGGGCAGUGGUCAGCAGACAUCAAUGAAGAUGCGGGUGCAGAGGAUGAUAUUCUUUCACUAGAAGGACAAGAAUUAGAGUUAGUGGAUGAUUUAGAUGAUUCAUUUGUUCCACUUAAAGGUGGCUUCAAGCUAGAAGGGGGCACCCCAAGAAAAUCUCCAGCUUUGUCAAGGACUUCUGAGCAAGCAUCAAGCAGCUUGCCUGUCAGUGGAAGUUCUAUACUUCCUAAAUUUAGCAUGCCAGUUAGUGGAGGUUCAUUGGACAGUGAAAAUCUUACUGCUUGGCUUCAAAAAAUGAAACAAACUAGAGCUAACAUUCUGGGAGAAUCCUAAUGUACCUUGUUU